UCGGCUGAAAGAAAUUCUUCAAUCCUGCAUUCAAGAAAGAUUAAAGUCUCUAGUCUUGCCAUGGCUGAUACAGACCAAGUUAUGGAGCCCUCCAUUGAUAAUCCUCUUAUCAGUUCUCCAGCCCUCCAUCCUCGUCCAACCCUUCAGAACGUGGUUUCCACGGUGAACUUUGGUUGCACGUUGGACCUCAAGGCCAUCGUCCGCCAUGCACGAAACACUGAAUACAACCCCAAAAGGUUUGCUGCUGCAAUGAUGAGGAUCAGGGAACCCAAAACCACUGCUCUCAUAUUUUCAUCAGGGAAGAUCGUUUGCACUGGAGCCAAAACCGAGAAACAAUCGUUAACGGCUGCCCGCAAGUACGCUCGAAUCAUUCAAAAACUUGGUUUCGAUAUCACCUUCAAUGAUUUCAAGAUUCAGAACAUUGUUGCUUCAUGUGAUGUUGGAUGCCCUUUAAGCCUUGUACGCAUGUCAACUUUCCAUGGUGAGUUUUCGGUGUACGAGCCAGAGCUGUUUCCAGGGUUGAUUUAUCGAAUGAAAAAACCCAAAGUUGCGAUCCUGGUUUUUCCUUCGGGAAAGAUUGUUAUUGCUGGAGCUCAGAAGACAGAAGAGAUUUUUGAAGCCUUUAAGAAUAUAUAUCCAGUUCUUAUGUCUUUCAGGAAAACCAAGUGAAAGAGUUCAAGAACAGCCUGAUCAAGUUUCAAUUCCUUCUAGCAUUAGGGUCUAGUAAUCAAUUAAUAUGAUUUUUUUUUGUUUUUAAUUUGAUGGUUAAUUAAUU